AUGGCAACUCCAAGCUCGUUACAAAAAAACGUUAACAAUAAUUGUGAUAAUGAUAAAGUUGUUUCAAAAAAUAAAUUUCUUAAAAUUGAUAUUCACACUCAUAUACUUCCUAAACAUUGGCCAGACCUAAAGAAAAAAUACGGUUAUGGUGGAUGGAUGCAAUUGGAUCAUUAUGAACAAGCAACCAGAAUGCUUCUUGAUGGAAAAAAUUUCCGUGAAGUUAAGUGUAAUUGUUGGUCUGCUGAUGAAAGAGUACGUGAUUGUAAUAAAACUGGAGUUGACGUACAGGUUCUUUCUACAGUUCCUGUAAUGUUUUCAUAUUCAGCUAAACCACAACAUACCCUUGAUUUAGCAAGAUAUCUAAAUGAUCAUAUUGCACAAGUAUGUGCUGAAGAUCCAAAACGAUUUGUCGGACUUGGUACACUUCCAAUGCAAUCACCUGAAUUGGCCGCACAAGAAUUAAGAAGAUGUAUAAAUGAACUUGGGUUGGUUGGUAUACAAAUCGGUACUCAUAUUAAUGAUUGGAAUCUAGAUGCCCCCGAAUUGGAACCUAUAUGGGAAGCUUGUGAAGAACUUGAGGCUGCAAUUUUUGUUCAUCCAUGGGAUAUGGAAACUAAAGGAAGAAUGGAAAAAUAUUGGUUUCCUUGGCUCAUUGGAAUGCCUUGUGAAACAACCAUAUCAAUUUGUUCAUUGAUUUUUGGUGGUGUUCUUGAACGAUAUCCAAACCUUAAAUUUUCAUUUGCACAUGGUGGUGGUUCUUUUCCUGCAACAAUAGGACGUAUAGUUCAUGGUUUUAAUGUUAGACCAGAUUUAUGUGCCACAAAAAUAAAAAAAAGUCCACUUGAAUACCUCGGUCGUAUUCAAGUAGAUUCACUUGUUCAUGAUGAAGAUACACUUAAAUUUCUAAUUAAAAAGAUAGGGAUAAAUAAAAUAAUGCUUGGUAGUGAUUACCCUUUUCCACUUGGAGAACAUCAUCCUGGUAAAUUAAUUGAAAAUUGUGAAUGGUUAACUGAUGAAGAUAAAGAAAAGUUGUUAAGUGGAAAUGCAUUAAAAUUUCUAGGACUUAAAGGUAAAGAAGAAAUAUUUAGUAGUAGGAAUUAG